CAGUAAACCCUAACGAGUAAAAACGGCGAGAUUGCGAGUGAAUGUUAGCUCAUCCGAUCAGAGCAAUGGGGGUAGAGAAGGAGGUCUUGAGAGCCGGCACCGGUCCGAAGCCUGCUGUAGGUCAAAACGUCACAGUCCACUGCACUGGUUUCGGCAAGAAUGGCGAUCUUGCGCAGAAAUUCUGGAGCACCAAGGAUCCAGGGCAGCAGCCUUUCACUUUCAAAAUCGGCAAGGGCAGCGUUAUCAAAGGAUGGGAUGAAGGUGUGCUAGGGAUGCAAGUGGGAGAGGUUGCUCGAUUACGGUGCUCUCCUGACUACGCCUAUGGACCAAGCGGGUUCCCGGCGUGGGGCAUCCAACCCAACUCGACUCUGGUUUUUGAGAUCGAAGUUUUGCGUGCUGAGUGAAGAACACAAGCUCGGCAGAAGGAGGCUGUCUGGUUAGUUGCAUUAUUGUGUGUCUUAAAUAAUAAUCUGUCUGAAUGUUUUGCUAUUAUUAACAUUAUGGUUGAUUUAGUGCAUUCAUUUGGAUGCAUUAUUGAUCACAAUCUUGGACAGAUUUGAUGUUUUUUUAAAUCUGAGCAGUUAGUCAGCCUCAAGAACAACUGAAUAUUAUAUGAAUGUUCUCUGCUUAUUUAAAUGACAUUUGGUGUGCUGAUUUCGUCACAAACAUGACAAUUAUGUUCACGAAGACAAUUCUUUAAUAAUAAUAUGGAUUUGAUUUGAUUGGAUUGGAUU